UGGUUCAGUAGGGCUGCUAGCCUGCUCCUACCUGCUCUGCUCUGCUCUGCUCUCUCUCUUCUUCCUCUCAUUCGUUGCCAUCCCGUUGCCAUCUCGAGAUCCACGGAGAAGAGGAUGGAAGGGGGAGCUGGAGGAUGCUAAGGGUUUUGAGUUUGGUGAGUUUUUUCGCCAGAUCUGAGGGUUUUUGAAGCUUUUGGAGGUUUUCUCCCGAUUGGAAGGCGAAGAAGAGCGGUGCUCACGAUGGUGUACAUCGCUUCUUGGGAGGAGUUCGUCGAGAGAUCCAUCCAGCUUUUCCGCGCUGAUCCCCAAUCUUCUCGGUAUGUGAUGAAGUACAGGCACUGCGACGGAAAACUUGUGCUCAAGGUCACUGACAAUCGUGAGUGCCUGAAGUUUAAGACGGACCAGGCCCAAGAUGUAAAGAAGAUGGAGAAACUGAAUAACAUCUUUUUCACUCUGAUGGCUCGAGGCCCUGAUGCUGAUAUAUCCGAAGUAUCAGGCAAGGAACAAGCGGAGCAGUUAGCUUCCAAGAAAGGCAGAGGCCGGAGGCAGUGAAAGGCUUUAACUAAUCCCAUCUGACCGGCACCGUUUUGAUUUCAUUUAAAUUCACAGACGAAAUGGAUUUUUAAUUUACUUCUCAUUGUUGCUGACGAGGUUCGACCAAAAUUUGAGGCUUUUAGCAUUGAACUUUUGUGAUCAUUUGAUUAAUAGUUUUUUUUUCCAAUAGAAGUGAAACUGCUUUACAGUUGAGGAUAUGUGAACAAAUGCAAUGUGGUGUGUGCUCAACUCUUCACAAUUUCAAGUUGUUUUUGAUUUGAAUGUCACAUAGGCAUCAUUUCAUGGAGCAUUAGAUGGCUACUUGCUUUUGUAAACAAUUAGUUAUGCCUGUCUUGGUAAAUUACUUCUUAGUCCUUGGUUAAUUUCAUUUUAACCAAAUAGGGAGAAGGUUUAAUGGUUUGAAGACCUCUUAAUCCUUUUGUGUAUUUUUAUUGAAACAAAACACGAUGUGCACCAAAAAUAAAAUAUUAUGGGUAAAAAAAAAUUAUGCAAUGAUUAGCAAAUGUAUAA